UUUAGUCACAGUUUUAGCAUUAAACUGUGGAUUUACUAGUGAAAAAGAAAAUUUUAUAAUCUCAUGUUAAUUGAAAAUGAUUUUACCUGAUUCAUUGCUAUUCUGCGUAUCACUUUUAGAUACAGGAGCACUUCUGUUUUUAUUGAUAUAUUUUGUAAUAACAUUAUCGGACCUCGAAUGCGAUUAUCUGAAUGCUCAAGAAUGUUGUUCAAGACUGAAUCAAUGGGUAAUGCCAAAAUUUAUAGCUCACACAUUUUUAAGUGUCCUUCUUUUGAUACAUGGGCACUGGAUAUUGAUGUCCCUAAAUUUGCCAAUGACUUUCUGGCUUAUAUAUGAAAUAUAUACUGUGCCCAGAGGAAAUUUAGGUGUCUAUGAUGCGAUUGAAAUACAUAAUCGAGGUCAAAUAAAGAGGCAUAUGAGAGAUUGUAUGAUUUAUUUAGGAUACUACUUAUUAUUCUUCUUUUUGUAUUUAUAUUGUUUAAUAACUUCUCUCCUGCAAGGAGAUCCGAUCAACAGAAAAGAUGAAGGUGAAAUUAUGAAUGACUUCUAAACAGUAUUGGGUAAUCUGUGGUAUUGAAAAUACUCGAUUCAUGAGAAAAUGAACAAUUAAAAUUGUUUAUAAUAUAGGCUGAACCUUUUGAUAUUAUCUAUAUUUGUGUGUAGAAUUUUAGUGGACAGUGUGUUUUUAUUUAUAUGUAAUUUAUGUACUUUUGUUUAAUAAAAUAGUAGCAAUAA